CAAACAACUGACAAACCAUAGCAGAAGAUGUACACGUAAACCGCUUGUGCGUGCACGAUGAUCGAUAUUGCAAGGCCAGGAAAUGUGCCCAAGAUCCAACUACAGUUUGGCAACGUUAGUCGCAAGGAGAAAUAGGUUGGUGGCACAGUGUGGCUUUGAAUCUGGCCGGUAGGUUCCCCACUGUCUGUUGCCGGGCUGGUGCGUGGUCAUGGCGGAGGUGUGCCUUGGCCUACGCGUCGUGCGUGGGCCAAGCUGGAACUGGACCGCUCAGGACGGUGGCGAAGGUGGUGUUGGUACGGUGGUGGAGAUUGGUGGAUUACCGGACAGUGGCAGUCCACUGGGCACGGUAGUUGUGCUCUGGGACACGGGCAACAAAACCAACUAUCGAUGUGGCUACGAGAACAAGUUCGACUUGAGAGUGCUCGAUACCAAUUGUGCAGUUGGAUCACAUCACUUUGGUGUGAUGUGCGAUGGCUGUAGCAGUCACAGCUUGUUUGGCAUUCGCUGGAAAUGUCGGGACUGUCCGGAUUACGAUCUGUGCAGCGAGUGUUACCACAGCGACAAGCACAACCUCUCGCACCGCUUCUGGAUGAUACCGUUCCCCGGCGCGCACAGGAAAGAAAUAGAACAGCGACAAGGUGCAAUGAGGUUGACCUGCAAGGGAAUUUUCCCCGGUGCAAAGGUAACACGCGGCCUGGACUGGAGAUGGGCUACACAAGAUGGACAACAGGGUGUUGUGGGUACGGUGGAGAAGCUCUGCAACUGUCAGGCGGUGACACACAGAAGCGCUGCUCAUGUUGCGUGGCCCAACGGACAGCGUAAUGUCUAUCGAGCUGGACACAUCGGCAAGGUUGAUAUCCGCUGUGUGGAUCUGAAAAACGGUGGCAGGUACUAUCGGGAACACCUACCAAUACUUGUGGCAGAGAGAGUUGGCGAAACGGACGACAAGGAGAUGAGCAUACCGCUUCGCGUCGGUGACCUGGCUCAAGUGGCCGGCCUGGACGUGGAGAUUUGGAAGAUUAUGCAGGAACAGCACGGUGGAUGGUCUGAUAGCAUGGAGAAGAUGAUGCAGCAAGUUGGCGAGGUUCAACGCAUUGAUCCUUACGGCGGCGAUGUUUUUGUCUAUUACCCUACGCCCAGUAGAACAUUCCAAUUUCACCCGGCUGUUGUGACCAAGGUGUUGCGACUGCGGAAUGGUGACAGAGUGAAGAUGAUUGAUGACACUAGUGCUAUGAAGGCAAUGCUUAUCAACCAUGGAGAGUGGACGACUGCUAUGGAUGACUACAAAGAUCAGGUUGGCAUUGUCUCCGGCCAGAUGCCCAAGUUUGAUGUUCGGGUAUCGUACGGAUCAGGCGUGCGAUGGAUCUUCCAUCCCGGCUGUCUGGUACGCCAGCGAAGCGCUAAUGGCGAUGAUUUCUCCCAGGACUGGUUUACUGACAGCGGUGCAGAUGCCACUGAUGACACACUGGAUGAGCAACGGCUACUUGGCAGUGCUCUAGCAGGUGUGGAGGAUCCAAACUUGCAGCGGUUACUAAUGAGCUGGGUAGCUGACAUGGUUCUAUCCCCAGCCACGGCCAUAGCCAAGUCCGUGCAAGAGGGCGAUGUGGAGAAAGUGCGCCGCGAGCUGGAGCGUCACCAAUCACAUAUCAAUGAUCGUGUUGGCGAGCACAACCAGACGUGUUUGCACAUCGCCGCUGGUCUGGGCAUGACGGAGAUCAUGGAUCUACUCAUUCAAAAGGGAGCUAUGCUCUCAGCCGAAGACAAAGAUGGUGAUCAGCCAAUACACUUUGCUGUCAUGGGCAAUGAACCUCGCUCCAUUGCAUGCCUGGCGCGUAACCACGCCGACAUCAACGCAUGCAAUCACAAGGCAGCGACGGCACUGCAUUCCGCGUGUUUCCGUGGCAACGACUCUAGCGUGGCGGAGCUGCUGCGCCUGAAGGCCAGUGUGACGAUACAGGACGGUGCAGGGGACACGCCGCUGCAUGAUGCCGUGGCAAACGACCAUGGUGAGAUUGUGGACAUGCUGCUGGAUGCUGGCGCUCCACUGGCUAUCGGAAAUGAUCGUGGCUUCAAUAUUGUCCAUCACGCGGCGCUCAAAGGACAUCAUUAUGUGCUGGAGAAGAUAGUGCGCAGACACCCUGAGAUGAUCAACUCGACAAAGCCCGAUGGCUGGACCGCGCUACAUCUAACGGCGUUCAACAGUCACAUGGGAGCCACCACUGUACUGUUGCAACAGCCUGGGUGCCAAAUCAACGCCAAGACAAACACAAUGCAGACACCACUGAUGCUGGCCGUGGAGAAGGGGGCGUCGUCGUGUGUCGAGCUGUUGGUCAGUUACGGCGCAGAGCUAGAAGAAAAGGACAAAGAUGGCGACACUGCCCUGCACACGGCAGUAAUACGUGAGAACAUGCAGCAGACGCUGAAGAGGAUAGUAGUGAGCAGCGACGUUACCAGCGAACAGCAGUCUCUCCUGCUCAGCCAGAUUGCACCGAAGCUCGGCCUGGACCCGAGCUUGGCGGAAAGCCAGAACGCGGUGGCCAUUGCCUGCUUUCUGGCUCAGGAGGGUUGCAGUCUGACAGCGCUCAACAAGAAAGGCAAAACGCCACUGGACAUGUGCUCUAACGAUAAGCUGAGAGCUCUGAUCAAGAAGUUCGAGAAGCCGAAAGGAUGGUCUCCGUUUCACGGCAGCAAUCGGGUAGGCGGAUUGCGAGGCGCUCAACCUGCACACCCGCCUAGAAUGGCGGUGAAGCUGAGUACUGAUGGAGCGGCUGCUAGUUCCACUGUACCUAGGACCACUAUGCCUAGUUCCACUGUGCCCAGGACCACUGGUGGUGUUAGCAGUGCUGGUGGUGCGGAAGUUAUCAAGGUUCACACACCGCUGACAGAGUGCUCGGUGUGCGACAACAAGGCCAACAUCCGUUUCCAGCCAUGCGGUCAUGAAAUGCUGUGCGAGGCAUGUUCUCAACGCUCGGCUCGCUGUCCUUUGAGAGGAUGCAAGGCUGCUGUUUUGUCCAAGAUCAAACUAGAAUAUGAACCAGCACCUGCUCAAGCACCCGCUGCUGUUGAUACUGCUAGUGUGGCUGGUCCUGAUGAUGAUGCAUGCAUGAUGUGUGAUAACAAGGCAACUGUCACGUUUCAACCAUGUGGUCAUGUGGUGACGUGUACAGAAUGCUGUGUUCAUGCACGUAAGUGCAUCCUGUGCAAGAAGGCCGUGGUGAAAACCAUGUGUAAUGGUGUUGAAAUACCGCGGGGUGGUGCUGCCGGCAGACCGGCACCAACAGCGGCUGCUGCAGUCCCAGCGGAGGAAGACAGCUGCCCGAUUUGCUUGGACAACCGCUCGAACGUCGCAUUCAUGUGCGGCCAUCGUACGUGCAGCGAGUGCUCGCCAAAGAUCUACGAGUGCCCUAUAUGCCGCAAGCCAAUCACAACCAGAAUUGAACUCUUCUAACACCCGGUGUGUGUGUGUGUGUGUGUGUGUGUGUGUGUGUGUGUGUGUGUGUGUGUGUGUGUGUGUGUGUGUAGUAAUCUCUCACCCUGUUCCUCGACCCCCCCUCCUCCCCGUUCGCUCUCCGCCGAUGCAAUUUCACCAUCAUCUUGGAAGGCUGCUCUGCUGCUCUGUGCCAGCUGCAUGCUAUACUAUACUCCAUCUCCAGACAGACAGCACUGUUACAAACUUGUUAUCUUAGAGCUAUAAUUAUUUGCUGCUUGGUGGCAUGGUCUUGGGUUCAAAGUUUCUGGGUUUUAAACCUUUUAAAACGCCCUUUACUGCAACAACAUGUACAGAUUUGCUAAAGCUCGGCCGUCUAGACUUGAAGUUUGUUGCCAGACUCGUCCUCUCAGUGUCUCACUACACUUAGAUCAUUAUGACUGUUAUUUUAGUACUAGUAUGUGCUACUUUGUCUGCUAUUGCUGCUCGUUGUGUCACUUCGCUGUGAAACUCUUUACUUUUUUUUUAAGAAUUUGAUUUACCCUAGCAGCCUAACGGUGUCUUGCCCGUGUAAGAUGCUGGCAUGGUGACCGUCCCAACAGUGGACUAUAUCUGUAGCGCAAUGCCGGGACAGUACCAAAUGCUGGCGUGUAACUGUUACAAGAACGUCUGGGUACACCUGCUGAUGUGUACACCUGCUGAUGUGUUCCACAAGAAUACAAUGCACACGUGUGUAUGACCUUAUAUGCGCUUGUGUCUUCUCGCCGUGUGCAUGCCUCCCCGCCUGCCAUGCGCUGUGCGUGUGCUCUGCUGUGCCGUUCUCUUUCCUUGCUGCUCGUACUGCGCCGCAUAGUACCAUUAGAUUGUGUUGCUUGUCUUAUGCCCAAACUGCCUUGAGGAAAUUUUUAUGAACCUUUCUGGUGUCAGCAUAUGCAAUCAGUUUUGAAGAAAAAGAACAGAAGAGCUGACGUCUUUUCGAUCAACAAUGCUUGCUUCUUCUGAACACUUCUUUCUUGGUUCAAGCUAGCCAUUAAAUUACACCUCUUUUUAAAAGCAUACUGCGCAGUUAUACUGUGACAUCAUGUUUUAACAAGAAAAGCGCUGCAAUGA